GACAACGAUAUCUAUCAAUCUAGGAGUCAUGUCUGGGUUUAUUAAUUCAAAUCGAGGCAACAUGGAGAGGGAACACCUUUUAGAUGGAACAGAAGAAGAUAGUGAAGAAGACCUGAAGAGAACGCCAGUUAAUGCUCCUACUCGGUCGCUCAACAAGGAGUACAUCAUUUAUAAAGAAAGAUGGUACAUUUUGGGCAUUUUCUCAGCUCUAGCCCUUCUCUACUUGUGUAAUUGGAAUACCUGGGGACCUAUACAAGACACAGCUUCUGAGGUUCUGCAGUGGGGUCCAGGUCAAUUUGCUCUGCUAGCCAACUGGGGCCCCAUUUCAUUUCUCACAUCUGCUUUCUUCUUUUCAUGGCUUCUUCAUGCCAAAGGUCUUCGUAUAUCAGUUCUGAUUUCUGGUGGACUUCUUUUCAUUGGAUGUGGUAUAAGAUGUAUCCCUGUAUCCAUAGCUAUGAUGAAAUGGACCAUGAACAUUGGGCACAUCUUCAUAGGACUGUCUGGGCCAGUCUUGAUGGCAGCAGUCACGAGUAUAUCUGCCACCUGGUUUCCAACUAAUGAACGUACCACAGCAACGGCCCUCUCAGCUACUUCGCCGUACCUUGGACUUGCAGCCUCCUUUGUCAUCGGACCAGCCAUUGUGACAGAAAUUCACAGUCCAACAACUGGAUCCCCAUUGACAACGUCUAGUGGGAAUUAUUCUGAUGAAUAUUACAUAGAUGAUGAAAUUCAAGAGCAUCUACAGGAAAUUCGAAAGCUUAUGUAUGUAGAGUUUGGUGCAGUAGCUGUGGUAUGUUUAGUAGCUUUGAUUCGCUUCCCUGCUAAACCUGCCACUCCACCUACUGCUUCGGCUGUGACGGAGAGACAAGAUAUGAGAACUGGAAUUAUUGCUUUAGUUAAGAAAGAAUCAUUCUGGAUUCCUGCUAUUGCUUAUGCUUGUAUCACUGGUGUGUUUUAUGGUUGGACAUCACAAUUGGGGGCCAUUUUCAGUGACAAAGUUGACCAGACAACCUCAGGCUGGAUGGGUUUUUACACAAAUUUAGCAUCAUUAGUUGGAGGGGCAGUGACUGGCAGAUGUGCAGAUUACUUUACUGGGAAGAUGAAACCCAUUCUUCUAUUCCUCAUCGUAACAUCCUCUGUAGCUCUAACCGUGGCUAUUCUUCUCGUCAAUGACUACAUCCCUUUCAACUUGGCUUGGCUGUAUGUCACUGUCAUUCUAUUUGGAUUGUUCCUCAACUCCACCAUACCACUCUUUCUGGAGAUAACUGUAGAGGGCACUUUCCCCAUCGGUGAAGAGACGACCACAAUUAUGAUGACUAUGUUGAAUAAUGUAACUACUCUAGGCUUCCUCGUUCUACCCAUGGUCCCAUCCAUAGUUGACUUUGCUUGGCUGAACUGGGUGAUGCUAGGAUCUGUGGUUAUAUGCAUCCCUCUUAUGCUCUUCUAUAGAGAGCACUACAACCGACUUGACUUUGACGGGAGUCAUCCAGCGAAUGAUGAAAACUCACCAGACAUCUAAUGGAGAAAGUUGUGUUAAUUUGUAGUGAUUCUGUCCCCCCUCCCUGUAUCACUUCACGUUGUCCUUGUUUGCGCACGAUAUUCAGACAUUUUGCAAAACAGAACAUUUUCAAGUAUUUCAGUA